AUGCUCCAUCGACGCGGUGCAGGCGGCCCCAAGCCAAAGGGGUGGACACGUGCCGCCAAGAACGCCUUCCUAAUCCACUUUGGUGUGCGCACAGGCGGUGCUCCAGUGGACGCCACUGCCGACGGCGCCGCCGCUGACCCGCCCGCCGCCGACCCUCCCACCGAGGAGGUCGACGGAGCUGCAGACCCAGCGAUGCAGUCCGAGGCCGCCGCUCCGGCGGCAGAGGCUGACGUCCCGAUGGCGCAAGCGCUGAGCGAUGCCGAGCUUUCAUCAGAUCACGAGCACGAGGAGCAGCCGCUGCUCCAUGAGCAGCGGCUUGCGACAGUCAACCAGGAGCAGGCACGGCUUGAGGCGCUGCGUUGGACCGAGGAAGAGGCGCUAGAAGGAGCCGAGGAGGAGCAUGCGGGCUACAUGGAGGAGACCUCGGCGGGGGGCCAAGCCGGCAGCCAAGGGGUCCGCACGGCGCAAGCCGCCAGCAGCCAAGCCAGCAGCCAAGCCAGUAGCGGCCAUGUCGAAGCGUCAGCGACGGAAGUGAUCUGCUGGGGCUCCGCCCCAGACCCCGAGUUAGGCGCUGUCGGCGGCCAGAGGCCGAGUUACGUCUGCAGGCAAAAGUCGCUCGCUGCCGUCUGA